AUGGCGCGCCCGCGAGCAUCCACGUGUGGCUCACUCGUGGCGGCGGUCGCCGCUCUCCUGCUGAGGGUGGGCGCUGGCCAGGCGCCGCCUGGCGAGAGCAGCGUGACUGGGCGCUUCCUCAAAAGCGAUCGCUCCGCGAUAGUGGACGCAACUGGGGCUGUGCUGAGUUCACCCAGCGCAGGCGAGUCGAGGAGGCUCAUGCGGGCAGAGCCCGCGCAAGGCCAACGACGCGGUGUAACGGCCGCGCAGACGCCGACGCCAGCGCCGACCGAGGACCCACUCAAGGGCGCCGCGAACUCCGACGACGACUCCGACGAGGCUCCGACGCCGAAGCCUACGCCGAAGCCGACGGCGGCGCCGAGCAAUGACGACUCCGACAAGGCUCCGACGCCGAAGCCUACGCCGAAGCCGACGGCUGCACCGACCGACGACGACUCCGACAAGGCUCCAACGUCGAGGCCUACGCCGAAGCCAACGGCGGCGCCGACCGACGACGACUCCGACAAGGCUCCAACGCCGAAGCCUACGCCGAAGCCGACGGCAGCGCCGACCGACGACGACUCCGACAAGGCUCCGACGCCGAAGCCUACGCCGAAGCCCACGGCGGCGCCGACCGACGACGACUCCGACAAGGCUCCGACGCCGAGGCCUACGCUGAAGCCGACGGCGGCACCGACCGACGACGACUCCGACAAGGCUCCGACGCCGAAGCCUACGCCGAAGCCCCGACGGCGGCACCGACCGACGACGACUCCGACAAGGCUCCAACGCCCAAGCCUACGCCGAAGCCGACUGCAGCGACGACCGACGACGGCUCCGACAAGGCUCCGACGCCGAAGCCAGCACCAACGCGAAGGACGAAUGCCACAAAUCUCUCCAACAACUCCAACAAGACUUCUUCAGUGCCGACCCCGUCCCCGCAUGCUUCCCAAGAGUCCGAUGGCGGAAAUUCUUCGAAUGCCACCAACUCUACGAACGAGACGAAUGACAGUUCCAAGGUCAGCGCUCCGCAAUUGGCUCCCAAAGAGAAGAGCAAACUGA